AUGGGUUUUAGUACGGCAGAUGGUGAAGUAACCGUAGAAUACCACAAAGGCUUGCCAAAAAUCACAGUUCCUCUCCCUAGUCGCAAGGAGCAAUGCAGUUUUGUACUGAAGCCCAUCACGAACACGGUGGGCGAUUUUUUGGAGAUGCUGAAGAAAGAAGACAAAGGUAUCGACAGGGUGGUGUGCAAGUCGAUGGACGGGACCAGGAUAGCUUCGUCCAACACCAUAGAGAUUCUGCUGGACGAAGACUUCAAAUUGGUCAUCAACGAUAGCUCUUACAAUGUGAACACGCCGAAAAACGAGAGGCUGACCAGCGAAGGAGUUCAAAGCUUAGCAGAUGUAAAAAAUUUAGUCAAUAGGUUAUACCAAGCGCUUCAUGUCGAUGAGCACCAAUUAACGAAAGAGAAGGAACUGGCAACGCAAAUGGAGACAUUGAUGCAAGAAAUACAACCUUUGGAAGAUAAAAAACUGGAAUUGGAAAUGGUGGCGCAGAAGAAGAGUAAUUGGCUGGCAUGGGCCGGACUAGGUCUGAUGUCCGUACAAUUCGGUAUUUUGGCUAGACUGACGUGGUGGGAAUAUUCGUGGGAUAUCAUGGAACCGGUGACGUACUUCGUGACGUACGGCACCGCCAUAGCUUGCUACGCUUAUUUCGUACUUACAAAAGAGGAAUACAUCUUGGCAGACGUAAAAAACCGCCAACAUCUACUAACCCUGCACAAAAAAGCAAAAAAACAAGGAGUGGACUUAGACCGCUACAACUACCUCAAAGACGAACUAUACAAAGUCGAGUACAAACUGAAAAAACUGAGAAACCCUCUUAAAUUGCGCCUUCCCACGAACGCCACUGCUCGAACUGCGCCUACGUCACCGGAAACGACGACAUCUAGCGUUGACGCUACGAAAGUAUUGACGUCACAACAGCAACAACAAGCACAAAAAACCAGCGAAACGACCAAAGUGAUAGAUAAGAAAUUAUAA